AUCGAUGCAGGGAAUGGGCAAGUCUUCGGAGUGAAUGAGAACAGAUCGAUUUACACCAGGCAAGAGGGGGCCUGGGCACAGGUGCCCGGGCACCUGUCACAUGUGACGGUGGGCCCAGCUGGAGUCUGGGGAGUCGAUAGUGCCAAUUUUAUCUACAGAAUGCGGGGAGGAUCCUGGAUUGUCAUGAAUGGCCUGCUCAAACAGAUUGAUGCUGGUGGAAAUGGCUUUUUGGGUGGAACUGACAAGAACAAUGAUUUCUUCUGUGUCAAUGAAGAAGAAGCAAGAUCUGCUACCACUCCUUCCAGCCCAGUGUACAACCAUAUUAGCGGCAAACUCACCUUCUACUCCUGUGGGCUGUAUGGUUGUUGGGGGGUCAAUGCAAACAAUGAUAUCUAUUUCCGAUCAAAUGUGACCCCGGGUCAAUGUGUUGGAAGCAUUUGGGCGCUUAUACGUGGUAAACUCUCGAUGAUCGAGACUGGCACAGAUGGAAGCGUAUAUGGUGUCAACAGUGACGGCAAGGUCUUCCGCAGAGAUGGGAUCACCUCCAAGCAACCAACUGGGACAAACUGGAGUCACAUCAGCAUUGGGCAGAUAAGAUUCAAGCACGUGACUGCAGAUCUGGGCCAACUGUGGCUGACAACUACCAGCAACAAUAUCAUUCACUGCCAGUAGCUUCAAGAAGCAGCAAGUGUGAUCAACAAUCAAUUGAAAAUCAAUCCGUUCUUUCAAUGAUAAGGGAAUAGGUGUCACUUAUUUUCUUUCUGUCUCUUUUUAAGAUUAUUCUGCUCUUGCAUUGCACGAAGGAAU